CUGUGCGACCCAGCCGGUCAUUACGUGAAUUUAGGAUUUUUGUAAAGGAAACAAUAGAAGUUUGCUUUUAAAAUGAAUCAAGCGGAGGUCAGCAAAUUAAUGUCACAGCUGCGCAUCGCAGUGCGACCAAAUAAACGUAACUUAAGGAAUCCGGAUGGUCCAGAGGGUCGUCUGCUCAAGCUGCGAAAAACAGUCACAGCGCUGGUUAAACACGAGCGCAUUGAAUUGUUCUACAAUCGAGCGGACGAGGCGCGAGGUUAUGCAGAGUUGCUCAUUUCGAAUGCCAUACGUCAUGGCGACAGGCACAAGGCAACUAUGGAGCUGGCGGAUUAUUGGUUGCUGGAGAAGCAGCUGGUGCACAAGCUGUUCAAGGUGUUGGUGCCACGCUAUGAGAACUACAACGUAUCCUACACACGCAUGUUCAAAGCACCGCGCGAUUAUCCCGGCAUGUACUACAAGAAGUCCGUGUUGGAGCUGCGCGGCAAUCCUUAUCCAGUGCUGACUCAGGAUAACAGCCAGAAUCGCAAUCUGUUGCACAAUGUGCUGUUGGAUGAGGCACGCAAGGAAUUCCGACGUGAGAAGCUCGCAAAUUUGGCCAAUAAACUUGCCGCUGAGACUGAAGCAGUAACAACAACAGCAACAACAACACAAACAGUUGAUGCUGAGAAAAAGUCACAACAGAAUGUUGAAAAGACGACGGAUGUGUAAUUGUUUUAUUGUUAAUUAAAUUGCAAGUAAUACAUUUUUCUAAGUUAAAUGAUGAA